UUCGGUUUCGGCGCACGUGUGUGAUUCCCGGUUUUCUGAAUUCUAAUUUUUAACAGUCUAAAAUCGUUAAAUUUCGAUUGAAAUGGUGGCCAAUCGGAAGAACGCUGCCAAAAGAAAGGCACCGGCAUCGGAAAGUGUGAAAGAAAAUUCGGGACACAAGGAAACGGCGCAUAGCAAGCUGGCCCAAAUGGCCGAUGAAGAAAGCGCUAGCGAUUAUUACGAAUCAGAUGAGGAAAACCUGCUGACCAACAUUGACAACGAAAACAAUGAAGACAGUUCUGACGCUGAGGGCGAUUCAGAUGAUUCCGAGGACGCGGGCGAAGAAGAUGAGGAUGACGACGAAGAAGCCAACAACGUUCCGAGUGGGGAUUCUGACUUCGAGGAACAAUCCAGCAAGGAAGGCACGGAUGCUGAAGAUGAAGACCAGGAUCAAGAUGACGAAGAAGACAAUGAAGAAGCUGUAGAUUCAGCCGACGAUGUCAACAGCGAUAGUUCACCGGAACCGGAAGAGGAAGAAAGCGAUGACGAGCUGGAAUUUGAUGAAGACCUGCAAGAACCGGAAGAACCCGAAACUUUGAAAAGUCUCACCAAUGGAAAAUCAACCCAAAAGACGCUCCCUUCAAAGAAAACAGCCCAAAAAGAACAACCGGAAUCAGAUGACGAAGAAGAGACAAAAAGGUUGUUGGACGAGGCAGAAAAUGAAGACGGUGAUGAAUUGGUGGACAUCGAAAAAGAAUUAGGCACAGCUAAGCCUAAAACUAGAGGUGUUGGCGUUUUUCCACCGGAAGCUAAAUCUCGUCUUAAGUCAGCUGCCAAACAUGACGAAUAUGCUGCGGGAGAUACUUCGGACGAGGAGGACAUCCGAAAUACUGUCGGAAAUAUUCCUAUGAAUUGGUAUGAUGAGUAUAAACAUAUCGGGUAUGAUUGGGAUGGCAAUCGAUUGAUCAAACCCCCGAAAAGUGAUGCAAUUGAUGAUUUCCUCAAAAAAAUGGAGGAUCCCAACUUUUGGCGAACGGUUAAAGAUCCUCAAACUGGUCAGAAUGUUGUUCUCAGCGAUGAGGAUAUCGGUUUGAUUAAACGGAUUAUGUCUGGUAGGAAUCCGGAUGAGCAAUACAAUGAUUAUGAGCCUUGGAUCGAAUGGUUUUCAUCGGAGGUAGAAAAGAUGCCUAUUCGUAAUAUUCCGGAUCACAAACGGUCAUUUUUGCCGAGUAAAUCUGAGAAACAAAAAAUCGGACGACUUGUGCAUGCUCUCAAAAUGGGAUGGGUGAAAACAAGAGCCGAGCAAGAGAAGCUUGACGCUUUACGUAAAGGGCCUAAGUUCUACAUGAUUUGGGACAGUGACCACGGAAAAGAGGACAUGCGACGUAUCCACGAUCAUGUGGUAGCCCCCAAGAGAGCACUUCCGGGUCAUGCCGAGUCGUACAAUCCACCGCCAGAGUACCUCUUCAAUGAACGAGAAAUGGCUCAAUGGAACGAAAACGAGGAAGAACCGUGGAAACGUAAGCUGCACUUCAUUCCACAGAAAUUCAACUCUCUACGUGAGGUACCUUACUACGAUAAAUACAUUCGGGAGAGAUUCCUCCGGUGCCUUGAUUUAUACCUUUGUCCUCGAGCAAAGCGAACACGAGUGACCAUCGGGCCAGAGUAUCUAAUCCCGAAACUGCCUUCGCCUAAGGAUUUGCAACCGUUCCCAACGUUGCAGAACUUGAUUUACCGUGGUCAUACCGAAAUGAUACGCUCGAUAAGCAUCGAACCGAAAGGAGAAUACAUGGUUACCGGUUCUGAUGAUAAAACUGUUAAAAUCUGGGAAAUAGCGACGGCUCGUUGCAUCCGAACGAUAAAUACCGGCGAUGUGGUUAGGUCCGUUUCCUGGUGUCCGAACAGCAAAAUAUCGCUCGUUGCCGUAGCCAGUGGAAAACGUUUAAUGUUGAUCAAUCCGAUGGUCGGCGAUAAUUUGUUGGUCAAAAAGACAGAUGACCUGCUGGCCGAAGCUCCUCGAUCGGAUGUGGUGGACAACGAGCGCAUCAGCACAGCUGUUCAGUGGGUUGAAGUCACCGAAGAUGAACGAAAGUCUGGUAUUCGAAUCGUAAUCAAUCAUUUCAAAGAAAUCAAACAAGUCUCCUGGCAUGGGCGAGGAGAUUAUUUUGCAACAGUUAUGCCAGAAGCAGCCAACCGUUCGGUGUUAAUUCACCAGCUUUCGAAACGGAGGUCCCAAUUUCCUUUCUCGAAAAGCAAAGGCCUUAUUCAGUGUGUUUUGUUCCACCCCGUCAAACCUUGUUUGUUUGUUGCUACCCAACGGCACGUUCGAGUCUACGAUCUGGUGAAACAGGAGCUACUCAAAAAACUAUUCCCCGGUUGCAAAUGGAUUUCGAGUAUGGCUAUUCAUCCCAAGGGCGACAAUCUGGUGGUGGCAACAUACGAGAAGAAAAUGAUGUGGUUCGAUUUGGAUCUGUCCACUAAACCUUACCAGCAGCUGAAGCUACACUAUUCGGCCAUCCGGAAUGUAGCGUUCCAUUUACGCUAUCCACUUUUUGCUUCGGCAAGUGACGAUCGAAGUGUGAUCGUUUCCCAUGGAAUGGUCUACAACGAUUUGUUGCAAAACCCACUGAUCGUACCGCUGAGACGUCUAGAAAAUCACGAAAAGGUUAACGAUUUCGGUGUCCUAGAUGUGGUAUUCCACCCGGUUCAACCUUGGCUAUUUUCUUCGGGAGCUGACCACACGGUUCGAUUGUACACGUAAAAGCUUAGGUCUAACAAAGAUCAUCAAUAAUUUUACAGUCUAUAGUUUUUAUUGCAACGUUAUAUUAUUAAAUAUACGCUAUGGCAUAACGCUUGUUAAGCGUUGAUAUAUACAAA